AUGCCUGCGGAUAUUAGAAGCUUCUUUGGAGGUAAACCUGGAACCUCUACCUCUACACCUAUUCGAGCAAAGGAGAACAAGGAGGAAGAUUCUAAAAAAAAGAAGAGCAAAAGUCGUAAAAUCAUUGAAGAUAGCGAUGAUGAAGAACCAGUAAAAAAUGAAGAGCCUGAAGGAAAGGAAACAACCGCGGAUGACUUCUUUGCUUCGAGCAAUAAACCCAAGACCAAACCGGCAAAAUCAACCCCCAUCAAAUCAAAUCACUCACCACCCGAGACGAAUACCCGAACAUCUUCUCGAAAGAAGGCAUCUACAACCUAUCAAGAAAUUAAAGACGAGGACGACUUCGAUGAGGACGAUGAUAUAUUUGCAGCAGAUGUGAAAAAAGCAGGCAAGCGCAAGGAUGAUGGUUAUGUCGAAGAUGAUAGCGAUGAUGAGGUGCUACCGAAACCCAAGAGAGUUGUGUCGAGGUCGAAGCCUGCACCAGCCAAAAAGGACAAAGAUAUUGAAAUGAUGGAUGUGGGUGACGACGACGCUUUUAUUGUGCCUGAUGAUGAUGAGGAUGAUGAUAUGAUGAUAAUUGAAAAGCCCGCAAAGAACUCUGCUGCGAAUAGCAAGAAGCGUAAAUCUGUUGAUUUGGAAUCCAGUGACGAGGAGGAUGUUCAACCUAAAAAGUCCAUCAAAAACAAAAGCUCAAAGCCACCUCCAGCAAAGAAACCCCGUGCUCCCGCAAAGAAAGCAGCGGCUCUAGAGAGCUCGAGUAUACAAGCGAUACUUGACAGCAUUCCAACCGUCCGAGCCCCGACCCCUCCACCGAAAGAUGACAGUGUCAAAUUCAAGUGGCAACCUGGUGGAGGCGGUAAUUCUGCCGCUCCACCAGCUGCAGGUUGCGCGGAGAUUCCUGAAGGUGCAGAGAAUUGUUUAGCAGGUUUGACUUUCGUUUUCACGGGGGUGCUCAACACAAUUUCAAGAGAUGAGGGAAUUGAGCUCGUCAAGAAGUAUGGGGGUAAAAUCACUGGUGCCCCAAGUAGCAAAACAAAUUACGUUGUACUUGGAAGCGAUGCUGGCCCGAGUAAACUCAGGAAAAUAAGGGAAUUAAAGAUAAAAAGCGUUGAUGAAGAAGGGCUCUUCGCCAUUAUCAAAGCCAUGCCUCCUAACGGUGGCGAUGGCAAGGCUGCGGAGAAGAAUAACGAGAAGAAGGCAGCUGAAGAGAGAAAGAUCCGACAAGACGCCGAGGAAAUGGACAGAGAGGAGCGAAGGAAAGCUGCAGAAGCGGAGAAAGCGGAGAAGGAGGCUCAAAGGCUUGCUGCAGCAAAAGGAAAAUCUUCUAUACCAGCAGCUCCCCGCAAAGCAGUGGUGCCAACUUCAUCACAAUUGUGGACCACCAAGUAUGCACCAACGCAAAUGAAUCAAAUCUGUGGCAACAAAGGUCAAGUUGAAAAGAUUCAGUCUUGGCUUAAGGGUUGGCCAAAUGCCCACAAGUACAAUUUCCAGAAGAGAGGUGCAGAUGGACUCGGAGGCUACAGAGCCAUUAUUAUCCAUGGUCCACCCGGUAUCGGAAAAACGACUGCGGCACAUUUGGCUGCCAAACUUGCUGGUUAUGAUAUUUUGGAGAGAAACGCUAGUGAUGUUAGAAGUAAGAAACUUGUCGAAACUGGGUUGAGUGAGGUACUGAACAAUACUUCGGUUCUGGGUUACUUCGCAGGCGAUGGGAAGAAUAUCGAUAAGACUAAGAAGAAGAUAGUCCUCAUUAUGGAUGAAGUCGAUGGUAUGUCAUCUGGAGAUCGAGGCGGUGUGGGAGCUCUCGCGAAAAUCUGCAAAACGACCGAUACACCCAUGAUAUUGAUCUGUAACGACCGCAGGCUUCCGAAGAUGAAGCCAUUCGAUUUUGUGACAUUUGACAUGCCAUUCAAGAGACCUACCGUUGAUAUGGUCCGUUCACGUAUCGCUACUAUCUGUCAUCGAGAAGGCAUAAAACUCCCUGUUCAAGUCAUCGAUGCCCUUAUUGAAGGAAGCAACAAUGAUAUCAGACAAAUUAUCAACAUGAUAUCUACUGUUAAGCUUGAUCAAACAGCCAUGGACUUCGACCAGGGAAAGCAAAUGUCAAAGGCAUGGGAAAAGCAUGUUGUUCUCAAGCCAUGGGACAUAACCCAUCAACUCCUAGGAGGACAUAUGUUUGCUUCCAGUAGCAAAUCUACCUUGAACGAUAAGAUUGAGCUUUACUUCAACGAUCACGAGUUCACACCGCUGAUGAUCCAGGAAAAUUAUCUAAACACCAAACCGCAAUUAGCUAAUCGUGCAGAUACACCCAAAGAGCACAAACUAAAGGUGCUACAACUCGUAGACCAAGCCGCAGAGAGUAUCAGCGAUGGUGAUUUGGUUGAUCGGAUGAUUCACGGAUCCCAACAACAGUGGUCACUUAUGCCUACGCACGCAGUCUUCAGUACAGUUCGACCGGCAAGCUUUAUAUCUGGUUCAAUGACUGGAAGAACCAACUUUACAUCUUGGCUUGGUAACAAUAGCAAGUACGGAAAGCUCUCUCGUUAUGUGAAGGAAAUUCAAUCGCACAUGCGACUGCGGUCCUCUGGAGAUCGUCAUGAAAUUCGUCAACAAUAUCUACCAGUUCUCUGGGAUAAACUCAUUCGUCGACUCGAAGUUGAGGGCAGGGACUCUGUGGAAGAUGUUAUUGAUCUCAUGGAUAGUUAUUUCCUAACUAGAGAGGACUGGGACUACAUUUUCGAACUCGGUGUUGGAGAACAAGAUAUGGAAGGUGUCAAAUUGGAAACUCAAACAAAAGCCAAUUUCACAAGAUCCUAUAAUGCACGCUCCCACCCCGUUCCAUUCAUGAAAGCAAGCAAUGUCUUCCAACCUACAAAAGUCGCUGCCGUAAAACCAGAUCUAGAAGAAGCAUUCGAGGAAGAAGAUGAAGGUGAAGUAAUUUCGGAACCAGUUGAUGAUGACGAAGAGGCCGAUUUGAAGAAGGAUAAAUAUAUCAAGCAACCUAAGAAGAAGCCAGCCAAGAAGCCAGCCAAGAAAAAGGCUAAGACUAAUGAGGAUGAUAGUAUGAUUGAUGAUGAGGAAGAGGAAGAAGAGAUGCCAAAGAAAACAAAGAGAGCGAGCGCUACUGCAAAGAAGGGGAAGAAAUAA